GGGAGCCGCAGCAGCCCAGAGCGCGGCCGAGGCCCAGCGGGAUCGGGUGCUGCUGCCGCCGGAAGAGGACCCGCUCCCCUUUGACUCGGACGGGAAGGUGAGUCCUGGCAGGGAACUGCCGUGCGCGCCACGGGGCCUGCUGCGCGCUGACGGGCUGCUCGCGGCCUGGAUGUGGGGCGGGCUGGACGCCGUGCUCGCCUCGCUGCCAAAGGGGGGCGCGGUGCCCGUUGGCAGAGGUGCCUGCCCCAAAAUGGGCACGGCUUUUUUGCGGUACCGCGUGCGGCCCGUCCGAGUUUGGCUCGGGCAGUGUGCGGAGGGGAGGGGAGCUGCGGAGCGGCCCCGCUCUCCGCCGGCCCCUCGCGGCCCAGUAGUGCCGCAGCCGCGCUAUCCUGAGGAAGGAAGGACUUCCCACAGGUGGGCGGCAGCAGCGCUCGCGCUUCAGGUGUCGCUGGGCCAUUCCCUUCAGUGGUGACUCUAAGGCACGUGUCUACGUUCCUGAAAACACUUUAUGUGUGUAUUUUGGGUGGUCUGCAGGAGGUCUGUGCGGUAACGCUGAAGACAGUUGUGCUCUGCUUAUCUUCUCGACACCACGUGCUGCUGGCGAGCUGCUUUUCCACCGGCAUCUCAGGCACGCAGCACAAAAACUGCUUUGGCAGUUUUCACACAAGUUGGUGUAAGCUGGGGAAAGAAUGUCAUCUUUCCAAUGAAGAUACUGCGUGGUGACACCGGUAUGCACGAGGUGCAAAAGUAACUUUUCUCACUCACCUGUGUGUUUGGGUAAAGAGCAGUAUAGUGCUCUUGUGCAGGAUAAGACUUAGCAGGGCACGUACUAGCUCUUGAUCAGGGUGAGGCAGUUAGAGCUUUUACUAGUUGUUCCAGUGGAGUGAAUGAAGUUGUGUGGGUGCACAGAAAGGAUCACUCUUGGGGACUGGUUUCUUACUAUUACAGCUCACUGUAGCUGUCAAAAGCAGAUCAUGAUGCUUGAAAAUGUUUAAAAAGCAAAGGUAGAUUUGCAAGUAAAAUCUUAUGUGUUUUUACAGAAAUCCCAGACGGUAUACCCAGUGUUAAUUAAUUUUUUUCCUUUUUCGUUUUUCCUUUUUUUUUUUUUUCCUUUUUUCCUGGAAAGUACUGUGGUUUCUUUUGUAUCUGGCUUAGAAUAUAAAACAAACCUAUCCAAGUGUGUUGAGUUGGAGUAUGAAGACAGAGAGGGGGCUUUGCAGUAUUCAAAAGCAUGAAACCCCUCUGGGGGGGGGGAACAACAAAAACCAAGUCUUCUGUGUUGCAUUGAAGCAGUGUAGUUAGAGCAACUUUCAGAAGGCCUAUUUGGAGUUUUUUCAGCUCUGCUUUUUGCUGGAGAGGGCAGAUCUGUGCCUACAUUUUCUUUUUGUUUCUGCAUCUGCAAUUUCUGAGUAAUGAUACUAUGUAUUUCUGUGUUAGAACAUGGCUUGGAGUAUGUUUGGGUGUAUUUAUACUGUUCACAACAUUUGCGUGUUAUCAGUCCUUAUACCAUACUGACUUUUUUGAGACUUCCUCAUGAGUAUUUUAGGGUGGUUGUUUUGGUUUGCUUUGAUUUUGGUGUUGUUUUUUUUUUGUGGUUUUUUUUUUUGGGGGGGGGUGGGUGGGUUAUUUUUGUUUGCUUGUUUGUUGCACUGAACAGGCUCUAGUCCUGUCAGAGAAACAUCUUAGCUUCCCUAAAGCCCCUGUGAGGGUGAAAGGACUUUGGACAGGUUGGAGAGACUUACUGUUCUGUAAACUGUUUUGUACACUAGCACAAAUUUUCUAAAAAUAAAAUUCAGAAGCUCUAUGUGCAUUGCGUCCUUUUUUUCCCUGCCAUCUGCUGAUGUGUGCAAUGGUGAGAAUUGAGUGACUCACAUAAUGACAGCGAGAAUUGUAUGGGGUUCUGCCAUUGUCACAGAAGGCACUGCAUCAUUAAUCUCUCCAUUUGAUUUCGUAAGCUGCCAUAUUUGCCAUCUAAAGUUAAUCCAGCUGAUAAAAGGGCAAGAAGUUCUUCAAGUCAUUGUCUAGAAUGUGAGACAACUGGGGCAAAAUGCUGCGCAUAAAAGUGUGUGCUUAUAUGCAUAGGGCAUGCAUAAAGAAGUUAGAGAGUGGGAGGAAAAGAGGAACAAACAGGAUUUUGGCCUGCUGGUUUACUUUUUUUAAAAAAAUAGUGUAAAAAAGGCUUUGAGGUGAACUCCUUGCAGGGAACCUGUUCUAAAGCUCCCUGUGCUUUUUGGGAGAAGUUAUCACUUAACAGGGAUAAAGAAUAUUUACUUAGCUUUUGAGUUGUUAAUUCAAUAUCCCAUUCUGAGAAUUUAAUGGCUUUUCAGUCUUCUUCCUCUUGUGCAAUAUGCAGGGGGAGAAAGGCCUGAAGUUCUUUGCCAUUGCCUCACUCUUGGUCCCCCUCCUUGCAGUUCUUCCUGCAUUGGUUUGGUUGUCUUACUAGAAAUUUCAUUUGUUGUGCUGGGGGCAGCAAGGCCCUCCCUGUUGUGGGACUGACUCUGCAGCCCCUUGCACUAGUGGGGGUCACUCCACUUGUGCAGUGAAGGCCAAAUUGAACCUCUAGUGCCAAUAAAUGGUUUUUUUUACCACCUUUUUGUCUGAGCUGUGGGAUUUGCCCAAGUUGUGGCAUCUGCAUUUAUUUCAAAUUGCCACUUUUUUGUCCAUUUUCUGGCGCUCCAUGCCAGGCAUGUGAUACUUUAAUAGGUUUCUGAAUAUGACAAGUCAUUUUCUUGUUGAAGGAAAGUUUACUUUAAUUAUGAGUCUUGGUCAAAAUUCAGGCUGAGAAUCAUUUUUAUUGGACUUUAUUGUGCAUUACUAACUCUGGACAGUGUCAGUCUGAGAAGAGAAGCUACUGCUUCUUUCACACACUGCAUGUUGGCAUCAAAUACCAUUUAGCACUUUUCUGAUGCUUUUUGAAGAUCUUUCCUAUUAUUCAGGACAGACUUUCUUAUUUUAAUUGGCUUUUAAAACCUGUUUGGCUUUAGCCAACCUGUUCUGAAUAAAUAUAUUUUCUUAGACUAAAACCAAAGUUCUGAUCACAUUUCUAUACAUCCAUCCUGUCUUUGCCAGUUUCUAGUUUCAUCUUGCACAUCUGUUUGCUAAUAAGGUGUUCUCUGACUAGUCACGUACACAAGUGCAAUAAUAGGUACUAGUGUUUUUUGGUGAAAAUAAGUGAAAUUGUAAUAUAUACAGUAAUUGAGUCUGACUACAGAACAUUUAUGUACUGUUGAGUUCACUAUGUGGAAGUACCUGCUCUCUGUGCACCGAAGUAAGUACUGGGAGAAAUUUUAGCUUUUUUUACAGCUUGUGGACCACCUGAAAAUGUUCCAGCUAAGGUGGAGACUUCUGUGCAGCACCACUCACAGUAGUUUUUGGUCUUCUUGCCUGUCAACACCGGUGUUAGGCUACCUGGAGCACCAGUGGCGUUAGUAGUACUCUUUUACUUUAUCAUCCUCCAUUUUCCAGAACAUGGGAUAGUGUUCUUCAGCAUCUAUCAGUGCUGAAUCAUGUUAAAUUGUAUUUAUUUUUGCUAUCAGUAAACAGAAGCUUUUUUAUGAUGAUCUAAAAUCUUAUCUUUUUUCCCCAGUCUUUCACCAAUGAGACAAGUAGCUUAUUUUACAUGCAAAUGCAUUAGAUACAACCUCAUUUCUGUCUUGCUUUAAAUAAUUUUUUGUGUAACGUGAAUGGACUGCUGGUUUUCACUCUCUUCUCUGAGAUAGGGUGUUAAGUGCAUUUAAAGUUUAUUCCAAAGUUGGCAUUUGUAGUAGUUUGCCCAUAGCUAAUGAUUCUCUCUUCCUCCUCCUAGCCCACUACCCCCUUUUAUUUUUCCCCUUUUCUUUCUCACUGUCACUUAUAUGAAACUAGAAAUGGCACUGAAAAAUAGGGCAAUGUGUUCUACAGACAGCAGUAUUUCAAAUCAUUUGGUUUUGCAGAAAUGGAAGAAUGUAAUUGAGCAGUAGCAGAGACCUAUAUAUAACUGUUUAAUGGGCUGAGUUAUGAGAAAUCAUUAUCUGAUAUUUUCCGAGAUGAAAAAAAGUUACUGUUGGAGAUGUAAAGGUCAAGGAAGGCGGCCUGAAUGAAUCCACGCGUCUUCACAGAAGUAAUGGUAGAAACUUCUAAUCCUACAUUGCCCGAAUCAGCACAUACUUACACAGAAAUACAGGUACACACAGCAACUUAUAAUUGGUUAGCACACAGAAAUCACGCAUCUUGCUCAUUAGCUAUUAGUACAGCAUUAAUCAUCACACGGCUUUUUUCACUGUUCUUCGCAUUCCACUGUCUUGAUCUCUUCCCAGGCUAGCUACCCCUUUAUCUUAACUGAAGCCUCAGUUUUUCUUCCUGCUUUGACAGCUUCAAGGUCUCAUAGCCUGGGUUGUGCACAUAGCACUCGAGCUCACAAAUUCUUGCUCCCUGAGCCUUUCUCUUACAUAAAGGUGUUUUGAUUUGGGUAAAAACAAAGUAAAUCUUGUUUUUAUGUGUGAAAAGGUGGGUCACUUCCCAGCUUAACCCUUUUGGAUUCUGCUCUUGGGCUCCUACUGCCAUUUUUUCUGCUCUGCUGUUGCGGCAGCUCUGUGGAGGUGAGCACAAGAUCUCGUUCCGCUUCAGUAAACAUAUGCUGCAGCACAUGGAGUGUGAAACCUGGCUGCCUUGCUGUCACUGGCAAAGAUCCCAAUGACAUCACAAAUGCCGGGGUUUCAUAUUUCAGUGGAGCACUGCCUUUUUAUUUUUUUCUCCUGCUCUCCCUUACCAGUGUCUGUCAUGUCUCUUGUCACAAAACUUAGAAACUGUGGGAUAGGUCAGUGCUCAGUUCACAAAACGGAUCCAGACAAAAAUCAAGGACCUUCUGCAGCAAAUGGAGGAAGGGCUGAAGACAGCAGAUCCCCAUGACUGUUCUGCCUAUACUGGCUGGACUGGCAUUGCCCUCUUGUAUCUCCAACUGUACCGUGUCACAAAAAACCAAAGCCAUUUGCAGCGAUCUCUUGAUUAUGUGAAGAGAAUCCUUCGCAAUCUGAGUGGCAGACGAGUUACUUUUCUCUGUGGUGAUGCUGGGCCACUAGCAGUGGGUGCAGUGGUUUAUCACGUGCUGAAAAAUGAAAGUGAAUCUAAAGAAUGUGUUGCUAGGCUGUUGCAGCUACAAAGAACAGUCAUAAGCAUGGAUGCUGAACUUCCAGAUGAGCUGCUUUAUGGCAGAGCUGGUUACCUGUAUGCCUUGCUGUACCUGAAUACAGAGAUUGCUUCAGACACAGUCCCACAGUCCAUUAUCAAAGAGGUAAUAGAUGCCAUUAUUGAGUCAGGGAAAAACUUCUCGAAGGAGGAACGUAAAACCGAGCGUUGUCCUCUGUUGUAUCAGUGGCACAGGAAGCAGUAUGUUGGAGCAGCCCACGGUGUGGCUGGGAUCUAUUACAUGCUAAUGCAGCCAACUGCAAAUGUGGAUCAGGAGACCUUGACAGAGUUGGUGAAGCCAAGCAUUGACUAUGUGCGUCAUAAAAAAUUCAGAUCUGGGAAUUACCCAUCAUCACUGAGCAAUGAGACUGACAGAUUGGUUCACUGGUGCCAUGGUGCCCCUGGAGUCAUCCACAUGCUCAUGCAAGCUUAUAAGACUUUUAAAGAAGAUAAGUACUUGAAAGAUGCUAUGGAGUGUAGUGAUGUCAUCUGGCAGAGAGGUUUAUUGAGAAAAGGCUAUGGGAUCUGCCAUGGUACUGCUGGCAAUGGCUACUCCUUCUUGUCUCUCUAUAACCUAACUCAGGACAAAAAGUACCUCUACCGAGCUUGCAAGUUUGCUGAAUGGUGUUUGGAAUAUGGUGCACAUGGAUGUCGUAUUCCUGACCGCCCUUAUUCUCUUUUUGAAGGUAUGGCUGGAGCUAUUCACUUCCUCUCAGAUAUUUCAGUACCAGAGACUUCCAGGUUUCCAGCGUUUGAACUUGGACCUCAGAGGAGGGAAGACAAAAUGGAACAGGACAGCUAAAGGGUUCUUUAGAAAGUAAACGCAUGCCAAAAGAGAUGAGACUGUUUAGUGCCUCCGAUACGGAAUCAAUGUAACCCUAAGCUGAUUGAUGAAUAAACCCUGUUUCUCACUUCUGCCCCAAGGGACAUGAAGUCCUUAGAGUAUGAAUUGAGAGAAGCUACAUUUAAGUUCUGUUAAAGAGACACCUUCACACGCAGAACAAGAGAAGCCAAAUUUGAAGUUUCUCUCUUUCAUUGUAUUUGUCUUCUUCAGGUCUUUGACAUGCUCUGCAUGUUUAUUGGUAUUGUCUGUUGAUUCCAGUCUUUUGUGUUAGCAAAGAGCUGUUCCCUGUGUGAAGUUCUGUCCUGUACCUUCAUGCAUGACCUGUAACAACAGUGUUGCUUUCUGCAGUGUGGUUAGCCUGAGAGCUCCACUUUAUGCCAGAGAGUUCACUGUAAGAGAGUACUCAGCUUCACUAGUGAGCUGAUAACUUUAAAAAGAGACGGAAAACAUGCUGUUUGUUCAUUGCUUUCUACGUUUUUCUCCUCCACAGUCCCUAGAGGCUGUGGUGAUAGAGAUCAGCCUUGCUUGAUGAAGUGGUAUGCGGCCUUCUCAGUUUUCAGGAAUGUAUCAGGUUGGAUGUGGCCUGUGCCCCCACUUUACUUUUGCUGCUGUUUUAUGAGCUUUUUUGGUGUGGUUUUUUGGGGGUUUUUUUUUUUUUUUUGAGAGAGAGAGAGAGAGGCUGUCCACACCUGGUUCGUGUGGAUAUAGAUGCUCAUCCCCACCUCUACAUGUUAGGAGCUUACCAGGUAGAGUCACCUGACCUAACCUCUCUCUGCUGCCAAUGAGAGAAGGGACAGUAUAACUGUGCUUUUCCAGUCUGGUUCAUGGAUUUGUAAUAAAUCUCUCUUCAGCAGCACAUAGUGUACAGGUAAGGGUGAAGUCAGCUCUGUUUCUCAUGCUGGUAAAUCAGGAUGACUGUUACUACUGAAUCAAGGGUGUGGAUUGUUCUGGGCCUUUUCGUCCCUCUCCCGACCCCAUUGCAUUUAUCUCAUGCUGUAUGACAGGAGCGAUAAAUACCAGCUGCUUCUGAGGCUGCAGAAGAUAAUAAAUAAUAUGUAUGCCGUUGCUUAAAGCUGUAAUUGAAGUUUCUUUUGUUUUAAAAUCAAGACAGAAAAAGUCUUUUCCCCUUAGUUUUUGAUUGGGUUGUUAGUGCUUUGCUUCCCCUGCUGUGCGGUGGAGUUGUGGAGUAUUGAGUCUUCUCUUAGCUGUCAAAGUGUUAGUGAGUUCUGCCUCCAUGUGCUCAUACAGGGCUCUCUGUUUGGGAGAAGUGGAACAUACUCUAAGUACAUACAUUUACAACACAUUCAUGUUUUCCAGAUGAUAAACAAGUAUGCGUACUGUUUGAGAAGGGUAAGAGCAUUCUCUCACUUGCUCAAGUUCUGUUGUCAUCCUCCCCUUCCUUACAGGCCUUGCCCUGUACUGUCAGGUGUGUAUUUUAAUUGGCACCUUACAUCAGGUGAAAGUCUGACAGAUGGCUGAGACUCUGACCUUUCAGGUACCCAUUGGGAUAUCUGCGACAAGGCGCACCUGCUGAAUCCUGAUGUUUGAAGUCAGGCUUGGAAAUGCAUGUCUCUACCCGCAUGAAACAGGUAGCAGGUGACUCCCCUGAACAUUGAACUAUUUGUUGCCAAAUCCAUUGGGGUGCUAAUGUUUUCUGGAUUUGGUUCUGCUAGGCAGUAGCAGCAGUGCCAGUGCUGAGAGAACUUAAUGUCUCCUGAUUUGUCAGGUAAGAUGUGGGAGCAGUGAGAGAGACUUUUAUAUUCCUCUGGCAAAGAGUAGAUCUGCUGGGGGCACUGGACCCAGGUGCAUUUGUGCAGCCAGGCAAGAGAGAAGAUUCUGAAAGGCAGCAGGAAGGAGGGUACUGCAUGGCAAACAGCUGUGGUAAAGUGAUCCUGAUCAAAGAGGCAGAAAGCAGUGGCAUCAGUGAGGAGCAGGGAGCUGAUCACAGGAGGCAGUGCACAGAAUGUACUAGCUCAAGUGAAAUGUUUUGCUGUAGCAUGUGUGCUGAGACCUAACUCUGUAUUUCUUCUGUCAUUGUGUGGUUUACUGCCUGUAAUCCAGGGAGGAAAUUAGCUCAGAGUGAAGUCUGACAGAAAGCCUAACAAAAGAAGACAUGGAGGUUAAAAAAAAAAAAAAAAAAAAUCCUGAUCCUCUGUUUCAUAUCCUUUCCCACCCCUUCUUUCUCCUUUGUCUCCUCUACAGCUAUAAAGUGCAUGAGGUGGGUUAACUUGGUGGGAUGCAUUCCUUUGCCAGGUCUACAGGAGCUCCUGCAAAUGCAGCACAGAAGCCACCCACCUUCCUGGCAGACCCAGGCCUGUCUUUCACUGACCAGCAAGCUGGGGGUGACAGGGAAGGGUUUUCAUUUGGUUGUUGGGAGCCUUCUUGGCUGCUGUACUUGGGAUGGCACCUGUGGAAGAUGAUGUUGGCUGGCUGGAGCCCAGGGAGAAUUAAACUUACUAGCUGGUUUAAAAAAUGCAGGUGCAUACAUGUGUAGAACUGCUUAACAGUGAGAAGAGAUCAGAGGUACAUGAUUGCCACAGUCAAUAGAAUGAGCAUGUCCACUGUGUGCUCCUGCACUGCAGCUGGCCUGCUGUGGAGUGAGGCCCAGCACCAGGUUCUCCACAGAAUUAUCUUGGAAUUGAGCAAGACUGGAGAUGUCAUAUAUCACAGAAGGAGGCCUGUGAGUGCCUUUGCUUUGUCUUCCUCACAUGGCUUUCACUGUGGCUCCUCCUUUCUGUUUGUUCCACCUUGUGAUACCCAGGCAGCCAUUACAAAAUGCAUUGUGGGAAGGGGUGGAAAAAAUGCAUUUUACUGACACACCGUUUUCAGAAAUCUCAUCAAACUAAAAUGUGGAAAAUGGCUAAAUAUUCUGUUUUGCUUUGUCCAUGUGUAGUAGUCCAUCUGUUGCAAAAAGCCAUAGUGUUAAAAAUGGAGAUGUUCUUUGGACAGAAAACGAGGAAAAAAUGCUGAUGUGGUGUUCUUUGGCUUUAUUAGUAAAGAUCAAGUUAUGUGGUAGUAA